AUGCCCAGUGCCUCCGCCCUGGCCCGCAUUUCGGGACCGUCUGGCCUGUGUGACCCUCUUCCUGCCCCUGGCCAGCGGACCCCGGACCCUGCAGUGCUGCUUCUGCCCCAGCGCUGUGACGAGUGUCGGGCACAAAGCCGGGCCCCCACCCCCCAGGAGCUGGCGCUGGGUGCCCGGCUGUGCGUGAGGCACCCAGAGCAUCUGAGGGGAGGGGAGCGGCACGGCCCAGCUGGACCAGAGUCCAGUUCGGAGCAGCUGGGCGCCUGGGAAGCCAAUCCACACGCCAGGCCUCGGUCUUAUCUGGGAGGAGGGAACGGCAACCCCCAGGCUGCAGUGCAGCCGGACGAGCUGGGGGCUCCGGGUUCCAGCAGGAGGGCCUGGGCCGACCUCACGGUGACCCUGGGCUGGGCUGGGCCGGGCCGGGCCGGGCCGGGCCACGUCCCAAAAGUCAAGGUCUGA